UGCCCAAAAAUUCCAUUCCCCUUCUCCUCUCUCUCUCUCUCUCUCUCUCUCUUUCUCUGCGCCAAAGCAGCAACUCGGGAUCGCCAUGUCGAAUCCUGCGUCGCUGCCGCCGGGGUUUCGUUUCCACCCCACCGACGAGGAGCUCAUCCUUCACUACCUCCGCAACAGGGCGUCGGCGUCCCCAUGCCCGGUGCCCAUCAUCGCCGAGGUCGACAUCUACAAGUACGAUCCAUGGGACCUCCCCGCCAAAGCGGCGUACGGGGAUCGCGAGUGGUACUUCUUCAGCCCCAGGGAUCGCAAGUACCCUAACGGGUUCCGUCCGAACCGCGCCGCCGCGUCCGGGUACUGGAAGGCGACCGGCACCGAUAAGCCGAUCCACGCGACCCACGGGAACGAGAGCGUCGGAGUCAAGAAGGCGUUGGUGUUCUACAGAGGCAGGCCUCCCAAGGGAGUGAAGACGAACUGGAUCAUGCACGAGUACCGCCUGGCCGAAGCCCACGCCAGCAACAGCUACAGACCAGUGAAGCCGAGUGAUUCCUCCAUGAGGUUGGAUGACUGGGUGCUGUGCCGCAUCUACAAGAAGAACAACCAUCUGCAGUCGGUGCCUCCGCCGAUGGAUCAAGCGCAGAUAGGCUCGGCUUCGAGCUCCAAGAACUCGGACCAGCAAAGCAGUCUCAGGCCGCAGCCGUCGUCUUCCAUAUCUGACAUCAUCCUCGAGAACUACUCUGUGCUCUCACACCUGUUCGGCGACCUACCGGAGAACAGCCCUCUCAUGGCCCAACAGCACUUACCUUGUAGCAGCAGCAGGAUCGAUGGCAACAGCAGCUUACUCCAACAACAAACACAGAUGGAUCCGAUGGGGGAUGGCUCCGGGAAGCGGCCGCGGACGAUGGAAUGCUACUUUGACGACAGCAACCGGCUCUUACAUCCUCCAAAGAAGCAGAACUGCUCGAACAUGUUCGCCAACUUCUCCGAGCAGUUCGACAGCAGCUUGCUGGAGCAGCACCUCUUCAACCAGCAGCUGCUCCUCAACUCCCACCUGGGAUUGCACUGAGCGAUAACAUAACAUCUUUCUCCGAGAAGAGAUCAGAAUCAUUGUUGUUGUCGGAGACAGCACACAAAAUUCUUUGAGAUGGGAGCAGCGGGCUUGUAGAUGUGGUGUGGCGUGAGGCUUGUUCUUAGCUUAGUCUUUUAGUUCACCUAUAGAGAGAGAGAGAGAGAGAGGGGAGAUGGAAUCGGUUCACACGUACCAAAGAUGUUGUAGUUUUCUGCAUGAUGUCAUCGCUUACACACAACCAACAUCAUCUUUGACCCCCCGAAUUGAGGUUUAGUAGCUUAAUUAACUAUGUUAAGAUCUCCAAACAUGUAAUUAAUAGUUUGGAAGUGUCUUAGCAAAGAACAUAUGUUUGUUGUUGACCUCGGCGAGGGCGAUGAUAUUUAACUUUGAGUAUGUAGUUUCCUCCAA